UGAAACUACAGAAGCAGUCAUUUGUAAUCAUUGCAGAAGAAGUAAGAACUACAGAGGAUUGAAAAGGCUCUCCAGUGUAAAGUUAAUUAUAUUUAGUGUUUGUCAGGAGGCCUGAACACACUGAACCAGCGUGAGAGGGUACCGACUCACUGCUAACGUCAGCAGCCCGCUGGAUGAAGGCUGAAAUCCCUUCAAAGCAGGAGAACAAAAAUCAAAUGUAAACUGUCAUGUUUGAUGAAAGAGGAGCUCGGCAGCAGUUCGGCUGAUGGAGGACAAAAAUCAAAGAGCCGAAAACUGAUUUCAGCGCGAUUCGAUCAGAAUUUAAUAAUUAAACAGAGAAAUCUCCCUAAUGCUGAUUUGAUCCUCCGUGUUCCCGGCAGAUUGAAUACGUCCGCCUGGUUUUAAGGGUUCAUGACUUCAUUUAUAGACCCGAGCUUAUUUCUGCAGUAAAGAUCUCAUGCAGCCAGUUCAUUGUGUUGAUCAGCAGUUUGAGUUCAGAGGAUUGUUGUUGGUGGAAAAGAAGUAUAAGAUAUUAAAAAUCCUGCUUUCAAAAUGUUACGAAAAAUACAAAAGUAUGAUCAUCAAAACACACUUCAAGUAGUUUUAAUGGUGAAGCUAAUUUGAAAUUGAGGAUCCAUAUUCUUCAUAUAUAUUUGCAAUAUCUCUCUUGUAGUUAAACAAACUGAACUGAAGAUAUCUUUUCUGUUUAAAAAGUGAAAGUGUGUUUUUGAAUGGAGCUCUGCAGACAGAACGUCUCACCCUGUUAGUGCAGCAGCAUCAUCUGUUGGUGUUCAGUUUCCCCGUAAACCGCAGCUCUGCCUCGGGGAGUUCAACGAGCCGCCUGUUGAGCCAGGCAGCCGCCGAACAGCCUGCCAGCUCCCACAGGGUGGUCGGUUUGAAUCCCUGCCCAGACACAGUCGACCUUGCCAGAGAGUCGGAGGAAGUUAGUAUGCAUGUGUGGACUCAUUCUUCUGCUGUGUGCCCAUACAGGUGGAGAUAUACUUGUAUUCCAAUUCAAGUCACUUUAUAGACAUUCAUCCAUCUCUGAUGCGCUGUGGGAGCCCUUUGGGUUGCACUCUGUCCCAGUUUAGCUCCAGUUGGCUCCAGCAAAACUCUACACGAGCCAGUGUUGUUGUAGGUCUGAGAAGAGAGGUUGUUGUGUGCUUCACGGGGACAGACUGAGGACUCUGGGCGACAUGAUUAAACCUGACUUGUUUCAACUGCAGUGUAAAGUGAUGCAAAUAGGACUUAAACACACACACACACACACACACACAGCCUCGCUCGCUCUCUACUUUACAUACAGACUUUGAUCAGUUGAAGGACAAUUUACUGCAGGAACACUGCCAAAUAUGCAGAGUAACACACACACACGCACACACACACACUCACACACUCUGGGCCGAGGUAUAAAACUGCAGCGUGUCUCUUUCCUGCUUUAAUGACGUGUUUAAAGUGAAUUUAGAAGGUAAACUUUUUUCUCUUUUUUUUAAGAUCGUCUGCCAUCCGCUCUGCAGCCGAAGCUUUAAAGGGAACGUUCAGACUCGGAAACAAAGCUGGCAGCGAUGCGCAUUCGUUCCCACAAUGUUGCACCGUUUUCAUUCAGGCCGCGUUGCCAGGAAACAGCCUCGGUCCAAAGGCAUUACUCUCGCGGCCGUACGUUCCACUAUCAGCAGAGUUCAGUCUAUUUUUCUACGUGCGGCGCUUUCAUUAAACUCUACCGUUGCUUCACCCUGACGAGGUUCUAAAGGCGCCCUGAGAAAUGAUGCAGGAGUCCUGUCAGGCUGAGCGCCAAACCCACGGCUGGCUUUUGUCAAACUUUGGAGCAAUGUUGCCGGUUUCCCCUCCGGUGUUGCUGAUGAACGAGACCUGCUUCAUCGCGUCGGCCCUCUGGUGGUUUGGAUCCAUCAGGUGGAGACCAAGACGGUCCUUCUUGGCUGUGGCAUUGUGCAUUGUUGCCAUGCUAGCAGUUGGUCUGUUGGUCCAUCACUUUGGUUCACAAACAACAGCUAUUGAAUUGAUUGCCCUGAACAUGCAUGUUCCCCAGAGGAUGAGUCCUACGGACGUUGGUUAUCCCCUGUCUCUGGCGCAACGAUGAAGCUGACAUUGUUGGUUGUUGUGAAAUAUAGAAACAACUGUUGGAUGGAUUGCCUUGAAAUGAGGUUCAGACAUUCAUGUUCCCCAGAGGAUGAGUCGUAUGAACCUUGAGUGUGAACCAGUGUGCUUUUCUUUGGACAUUUGCUUCCUUAAACACUUCACCAGAACAUAAAUCGUUUCCGAUAAAUGAAUUAUAUUUGACAUAAGAACCACAUGCAAUCAUCUCUGCUGUGUGUCUUUCAGUGGUUCGGGGAUCUGGUGACUCCGGUCUGGUGGGAGGACGUCUGGUUGAAAGAAGGUUUUGCUCAUUUCUUCGAGUACGUCGGCACCGACUUCCUCUUCCCAAAGUGGAACAUGGAGAAGCAGCGUUUCCUGACCGAUGUCCUCCAUGAGGUGAUGCUAUUGGAUGGGCUUAGUACCUCCCACCCAAUCUCCCAGGAAGUGGAACAGGCGACGGACAUCGACCGAGUCUUUGACUGGAUCGCCUACAAAAAAGGGGCGGCGUUGAUCCGGAUGCUGGCUAAUGUGAUGGGACAGACGCUGUUCCAGAAAGGACUUAAUGAUUACCUGCUGAGUCACAUGUACAGCAACGCAGACAGAGACGACCUGUGGAGCAAACUGUCUCGGGCCAUGCGUUCAGAGGGGCGGGACAUCGACAUCGGGCAGAUGAUGGACAGGUGGACUCUGCAAAUGGGCUACCCCGUUGUUACCAUCAGCAAGAACCAAUCAGAGCAGCUCACCACUCAUUACAUCACCAUCAGCCAGGAGCACUUCCUGUACGGGCAGGAACACAGGAGCAACAACAGUUUACAGUGGCAGAUUCCUCUGACGGUGGCUGUGGGGAAUGCAUCCAGUGUUUGUGCAGAGAGCCUCAUCUGGAUCAACAACAAGACAGAAACCCACAGGAUUGGACGGAUGGACGACACCACCUGGUUGUUGGGCAACAUCAACCAAACGGGAUACUUCCGCGUGAACUAUGACCUCCAGAACUGGAAACUGCUGAUUCAACAGCUCCACAACAACCCUCAAAUCAUCUCCGUUGGAAACAGAGCCGGACUUAUCGACGAUGCCUUCAACCUGGCCAGGGCCGGGUACCUCCCACAGGGCGUUCCCUUGCAGCUGAUUGGCUACCUGCCAGAGGAGCCGUCCUUCCUGCCGUGGCACUCUGCCAGCCGAGCGCUCUACCAGCUGGACAAACUGCUGGACCGCACAGACGAAUACAGCCUGUUCAGUGACUAUGUGCUGAAGCAGGUUGCAUCACGGUACCAUCAGACGGGUUGGCCAACAAACGGGCCCGGCAGCGAGGGCAACGUGUUGCAGGCGUCCUACCAGACUGAGGAGUUACAGAGGGAGCUAAUCAUGUUAGCAUGUAGCUUCGGGAACAAACAGUGCCACCGUCAGGCCGUCGCCUACAUCUCUGACUGGAUCUCCAGCAACAAGAACAGGAUUCCUCCCAACAUCAGAGACAUAGUUUACUGCACCGGGGUGAGUCUGAUGGACGAGGACGUGUGGGAGUUCAUCUGGAUGAAGUUUCACUCCACCAACGCCAUCUCAGAGAAGAAGAUCCUGCUGGAGGCUCUGACCUGCUCGGACAACACCUUCCUCCUCAACAGGCUACUGAACCUGUCUCUGACCUCAGACCUGGUCCCAGAGCAGGACGUGAUCGACGUCAUCAUCCACGUGGGCAGAAACUCGCAGGGCCGAAACCUCGCCUGGAAGUACUUCAGAGAAAAGUGGGACAUCCUCAACGCUCGCUAUGGUGAAACGUUGUUCAUGAACUCGAAGCUCAUCGGCGGAGUCACGGAGUUCCUGAACACCGAGCGAGAGCUCAACGAGUUGAAGGAGUUCAUCCAGUCCAGCGGUUUGGGGGCGGGGCCUGCUAUGCCGCGGGCGCUGGAGAUCGUCGAAGGCAACGUACGCUGGCACCGCCUUCACCGGCGGCAGUUCUUCCAGUGGCUUCGCAAACCUCUGAGCUCCGUCCUCGGCUAACGCUACACCAGCUAGCUAGAGUGACGCAACUGCAGACUGGCUGCUAACGCACUGCUAGCUUACAGAUGCAGUUAAUUAGAAUGAAAGAAAACAAGAGAAUGAAGGAGAUUGACUUGACUGGUUAUUCAGCUGGUUUCUCUGCUGGUUUUUCUUUUAAAGAAAAUUGUUUACAAACUCUUUAUUUCAGAUGUAUUGUUUAUUUUUUUCAAAACUGCUAGCUAGCUAGCAGUCACUGGUUCAGUAAUUGUUAGCUAGCAACUCGCCUAAAAACUCCGCAAUGACUAAAUUGCCCCCAAGACAUUCACACCGCCAACUCAACGCUUGGUCUGUGGCCCAAACUAAGACCCUCCAGGUACCCCUCUAGUGUCAGCUUUGGACUUAUCAGGGACGGCGUCCCAGUUUUCCCCCUCAUUGCACAAAGUCUCCACGGUAGAAUUACUUAGUUUUAGGUUUACUGGCGCAACAAGACUACUUAGGGUUGGGCUUGGGAAAAGAUUGUGGUUUGGUUGAAUAUAAGUAUGAUUGUUACAUAAAACAAUGAUGUUUGUUGUGUAACUGGCAUUACCUAAGUACACAAGUUACGUGACAAAACAUGAACAGAGGUCCUCCUGGGUUAAAGUCCUGUCGUUCAUUUAAACCCAUCGAAGCGGACUUUCUCGCUCUUUAUACAGAAGUCUAAUAAUGACGCAGAUGAGUUUACAUUGACGUUAGAUGAAAGCUCGGUGCGAGGGCAUUGACCAUCCAUCGGUGUUUGAUGAGUUUGGGGUGAGAACGUGUUGACGAUGGACACAGAGAGAAGAAUCUACUGUCUGAUGAGCAACAGCAGCCAACAACGGAUGAUCUGACCAACAACUUAUCAAACUUCAACAUUACAAACAUUUCGGUACAACAGAAAGAUAAAUCCUGUUAAAUGCCCACACACAUUCCCACACCCGUGUUUAUCUGAUAAACAUUUAGUUUCUAAUACAUUAAGCCCACAAAUACAAUCAGAAAUAUUUUGAAAUUGGCAAAAUAAAAUAUUACAUGCGUUAGUAUGGUCUUUGUUUUCAGGCAGUUUUGUGUAAACUACAAACUUAACAGAUCAAUACAUCAUUAGAAUUCUGUGGAACCUUCUUAACAUACAGGUUGGAAGUUGUGAUGCGACCUUAAAUGAGUUAAAUGCCAUCAGUUAGAGCCUCGUGGCUCCAGUCCAAUACCCUCACUAACCAGAGACCCACAACAGUUUGAAUCGGACCUUCCUGUGUUUGUUACAUUAAAUCAGCCGACAUUAAAAGGCAGAUUAACCAUCAGUCAGCUGCAUGUCGAUCAUUGAACAUGUAAUUAACCCAACAUGGACUUGGUGUCCUCUGAUCACAGCACUCAGAGGACUCAUUAACGUACCACAGCAUUCAAACUGCUUCAGCUUGAAUUUAAAAAGCAACUUUGUUUUUUUUCAGGAUUAAAAACUGCAGCAGUGUACCUCGAAUAUGAAAAGCUUGUAAUAACUUGAAAACUUUGCUCUAAACCACAGAGAACGCUGCAUGUGGAGCCAGUAGUGAUGCUGUGGUCUGUUUAGUGUUUGAAACACCAGAGCUGGAAAACCGUUUAAAAAAGCUGAAAGUGAAGACAAACUAUCAAGGCUAGUUCUCACAUACAAGCCAUGAUGGGAUGUAGCAAAGGUGCAAUGGAGACUCAAUCUGUCAAUAUUUAGAAAUUUAGUUGGAUCGACAAACUUGGAAGAUACAUUUUUGACAAUCCUCAACCAAAACUGACCGAUGAAUUAAACAUGUUCAAACCUGAUGUGACGUGGAAAGACCAGAAGAUUAUUGAAAUACAAAAUAAUAAUUCAUGUUUGAAAGAAAACAUACAAAGAGCAUUACAGUCGCAAGAAACAAUAUUUCAUUGAGACUAUUCUCUACCCAGUUCUCCUUGUAGCAACUUAAAUUAUGACACUAAAAAGCACUAAUUUUAAUAGUGAAAUGGCAGAAAGUAAGAUAAAAAUAGGGAACGAUUUUAACACAGCUCACAUUAAAAUAGUUUUCCCCGACUCAACCCACCUGAAAUCUGUCAGCCAACGAAUUUUCUCGUUAUUUAAAGGCCAUGAAAAACGGUAACUCCCAAGAUUGACUGACUGAAUAAAGAAACUGACAGAUAGAUGAGAAAGUGCAAAGAAUGUUUCUCGCAAGGAGUUCGGGGUCUAUACGUAACACUGACCGCUCCUAUGACAACCUUUUGGAGAUUAGAACGUUGGUUUCAUAAAGCACAAAAACCAUAAAGUUGUCUGAUGAAGCACAUCUUUCUCAGCUGCUACACAGAAACUUAAGUGACAACAAAGACUAGCAUUUAUUUAUUUUUAGCUUUCAAGCAAUCUUUUUUUUUUGUCCCCCAGAAUGAUUCAAAGUGGUGACGAGACAAUUGCUGUUUAUGCCGAGUGUCUUUAUAUGCAGAUGAUGUGGUGUUUUUAAAUGAAGCUGAUGAUUCAAACUUAGUGAGGAGAUCUUUAAAGAGGACGGACUCUGCAGCAUGGUGGAUUCUAACAGUGUUACAUGAAAGAGUCAGCAAGGGGCAGCAUGAAAUUUGGACUUUUCAAGGCUUUGAAUUUUAGUGUGAUGGAUUCUUCAGUGGAGAACAUCAUUCUAUGAAAAGGAUUCUACGGAUAGAAACAGCUCGACGUCUGCAGUGCGAUAGAUUCUAAGAUGCGACGGACUUCACAGCCAUACUGACUGAUAACUCCACAGUUUGACCGAUUUGAGGGAAUGAUGGCAGAAGAGCAGUGCUACGGAUACUACAAGUCUGGUUUUACAGCGUGAUGGAUUUUGGACUGCUUUAAGUUUUAAAUGAUACCGACAGACUCGAGAGUCUUGGAAAUAAUGAACACAAAAAGCCCCGGAGGAACAAACCUGUGGGGUCAACUCCAAAGUAAAGCAAAACCUUUGGAGACGUGACUUUUAAGAAUUUAGAAAAAUACUUAAAAUGAAUAAAAUCAUGAUGAAGUCUGGUGCGUUGAACCUCCGUUCUGUUGAACAGACUUUGUGAAGUUAUUCCUCUUUUGGUAGAUCCGGCUUUUGGUGUUAAUAAUUGAGCCAUAUAUGAAUUAAUAGGCCUGCCUGCUUCUAUACACUGUGUGUCCAGUGGUGUGUGUGUGUGUGUGAUGAAGAUGAUGAUGGUGACGAUAAUGACUGCUGUGCCAGUUAAGAUGAUUACAAUUAUAAUUGAAAUUAUUAUGAUUAUGAUCAGGGUGAUGAUGGAUCUGAUGACGGUCGAGUCAGUGAUGCUAAUUGUUGAUGAUGUGACAAUGCUAAUUAGCAUUAGUAUUAUUAUGCUAAUGAUCCAGUGCAUUUCAAACCUUUAUUGUCCUGUCAGGGAAACUUGGUUUACAGAUGUAAAGCACACAUGUAAAAUAAACACUGUAAAACAUACAAAUACGAUAUUAAAAAUUAAAAUGUGACGUUAAAGAUGUUGAUGAAGAUGGUGUUCAUGAUGAUUAUAAUCAUAAUGAUGAUGAUGAUGAUGAUGUUGACUUGGACGGAAACAGGAAGUGUCAGAGACGGGUUUAAUGCUACUUCCUGUUUGCACCGCUGUGGUUUCCCUGUGUUUUUGGGUUGGACGAUAUUAAAAUGGUUAACCUUGUG